AUGGCAACCUUCCAAGGCUACCAGAGAAAUAUCGAACGGAACGUCGACAACACGCCCAUGCUCGACACCGCAAACAACGAACAGGUGCACGCCACGUACACCGACGUUAUCCUGAAGUUUAACAACGAAAACCACGGCAAUGGAACGCUAUACAUAACGACUUCCAGGCUAGUCUGGAUAGCCUGCGACACUUCCACGGUUUCCUACGCCUUCCCCUACCUGGGAAUGGUGCUCCACGCCGUUUCAAAGGACAAGGCGCUCUGUGAGACGCCAUGCGUAUUCAUACAACUCCAAGGAGACAGUGCCGACGACGAGGAGGGCGACAUACCCGUAGUCAUCCUAGCACCAGCACAGGCGGAACAGGUGGAAAACAUCUUUGAGGGCAUCUCGCAAAUGAAUUCGCUCAUCGAGCCAUUGGUCUCACAAUCAGAGGACGAAUCAGAUGGCGACGAGGACUUCGAUGAGGACAGUUAUGACGAGGAAGAUGCGGUUGAGGUUGAUGAGCACGUACAAGAGCAGGACGAGUAA